UGUCUUUAAUUCUUAAGCUAGUAGCCUAAACUCAAAAUAAAGGACCAAAUUUAAAGGCUUCAUGGACCCUUUCUUUCUUUUUUAACAAAACUUAGAUAAACCAGGCCACCUAACACUACCUAUAAAGAGUAGUACUAUUAAAGAUGUACUAGUCCACAUCAUGAUCAAAAGCUCAAUAAACAAUACUAAUCUUCCCCAAUUUCCUUCCAAUCUAACCCUUGCAACACCCCUAAUAUUUUACGUAUUGAUCAUCUCAAAUACUCAAACUAAAAACACAAUCAUGCUUAACGUGACCCACUUGCCUAUUGAGCAUAAAUGAAUAUUUUGGCACAAAAUUUCCUUCAAAGAUUCAUGUCGAUGCUUGAAGAUGAAACCUUCUAAAGAACACAAGAAGCUGAAGCUUCAACAGAGAGGAUGCAGAGCUUUGUGUUGCAAUUGCAGGCUUAGUGUCUCUUCUUCGGAGGAAGCAGAAAGCUCCAACUCUGAUCGGUUUGCAUCCAUUUCAAGCCUAGCACACGCCAUGGUUCAAGAGAGGCUAGACCAGAUGAUCAGAGAAAGGCAGGAGACGAGGCAUAUAGAAAGAAGGCGGCACAGAAGUGGAGGGACAAAAUUCGUUGUUAUGGUAGCCAUGGAAAAAUGUUCUUACGAUCCAAGAGAAGAUUUUAGAGAGUCUAUGGUCGAGAUGAUUAUGGCGAACCGCAUUCAAGAGCCCAAGGACCUUCGCAGCCUCUUGAAUUAUUAUAUAUCAAUGAAUUCUGAGGAGUAUCAUGGGAUUAUACUAGAAGUUUUCCAUGAGAAAAUUGGUCUAGUAGUCUGGAACAAUUAUGAGCAAUGUAAAAUGCAUGGGAGGACUACUCAGCUCAUCAGCAGAGUGAUUGCAAAAGUUUCAAAAUUCACUGUUUCCAAUAGGUAUAAGGGUAAUAAGAAAUCAAAGAUCAUCAAUGCCAAAAUGGAACAAAAGAAACUCAAAAUCUGA